CAUUGGAUGACGCAGACGGCGGGAGUCCAGCAGAGAAGUAAACAUUCAGUCCAUCAUCGAUCACAAUUAACAAUGGAGAUAGGAAGUCGUAGAUUAAACCCGCUGUAAAACUGCUCUGAUCCAGAACACACAAGCAUCUCUUCAUGUGAGCUCGAUACGGUGUGAUGCAGGCAGUGGAGGAAGCGGAGUCCUCGCUCUCAGACAGAGCAGAGACGAUGGAUGUGAAGGAAAACGAGGAGAAAACCACAGAAGAGGACACAGAAAAAGAAAUCAAAGGAGCCAUUAAAUCUGAAGACAUGACAGAGGAUGAAAAAGAUGAGGAGAAAGACACAGAGUUACUGGAAGAAGACAAAGAGGACGAGGGAACAAAGGAGGAUGAAGACAUGACCAACGGACGCCAGCGGGAGGAAGACGAGUGGGAAAUCCCAUACAGUGACGAGGAGCUGGAGGAAGCUAAGACUUGGAUGCCUCCACCUGAGGAGAUCAAGUGUUUAUAUGAACUGCUGGCUAAAGGAGAAAUGCUGGAGCUGAAGUGGAUCCCUUUACCUCGCAGACCUCCAACUCCACCACGCACUCCUUCUCCAGAAAGAGACGGCGAGAACUCGGACGAGGACAAGCAGGAGGAGAUCGAGCGCAAGAUUCCAACACCUACUGAGUUUGAUUUUGAUGAAGAGCAAAGCUCCAUGACUCCCAAGAAUUCAUUCCUUGGACGACGCAGAACACCAGGAUCCUCAACUCGUUCCUCUGUGAAGCGAAUCGCUCAGCUCGACAAGGUGCUCUUCGACAUGAAGCGCCACCAAAAGCUCGAAGAACAGAUCCUCAGGACAGGUCGCGACCUUUUCAAAAGUGAAAAAUCCGCACAAGAGCGCUCGUCCCCCAGCACUCAGAGGGAAAGAGAAAAGGAGAGAGAGAGAGACAGUGACCCCAGCACCAUCUUCAGCCCCAGACAGAGGAGAUACUGAUGAAAUAUACAGGGAUAGGGACAAGUUUGUGUCACACCCUUAUUUUUGGUGUGUGAUCCAUUGCAUUUUUAAGAACAGAUGAUGACAUGUUUAUGAAUUUUUUUUUUAUACAAUAAACACACUUGUGGACUGAGUGAUAACAUGAAAUGUGUGAAAGAGAUUCCAAGUGAAACAUUAUCCAUUUGAAUAAAUGUCUUAUGUUGAUGAAAA